GGUCGGGGGCGGCGCCUCGCAGGAGCUUCUUGGCCGCGCGGGGCCCUCGGCCCGCUGAGGAGGGUCGAGCGAGCCGGAAGUGACCUGUCUGGCCCGGGAGAGGCGGGCCUGCCGUACGGGUGCCGCGGAGGGCCAAUUGCGGCCGCCUCCCGUUCCCCGGCAUGGAGCCCGGUGCUGGCGGCGGCGGCGGCUGGAGCGGCCCUCGGGGGAGGCGGCGGCGGCGGCGACGGCAGCGGGGCCCGGCCGGGGUCCCCGCCGAGCGGGAGGAGGAGCGGCAGCGGCGGCGCCUGCGGGAGGCGCGGGAAGAAUUGCUCAGCUCUGAGUUCUGGAAUCCUAGUCUGAGAAUCCUCUUGCGAUCCCAGAAAGAACUCCUGGCAUGCAGGAAAGAGACGCCCUUACCCAUCAUGGAAGAUGCUCUCUUGGCCUUGGAGCACCUGCAGCUCUACCCGCCAUGCUUGCAGUGUGUUUGUUAUGGCUUGGGGAACUUCUCUUCUUGCUUCAAGGCCCGCUUCCAACUGGCCUUCUUGUUGCUGCUGUUGGAGGAGCUCCAAAUUCCCAAAGAGCUGUGUUGCAUCUUUGAUCCUGUUUUCUCCCCGUUGGAAAAGGAAGUUCUCAGCUGCCUCGGCCUCUCUGUUCUCUCGCAGAACGAGGAGGGGAAACGGCCCAUCGCGGAGCCCACUGUCUUCUACAUGGUCCACUGUGGCAAAGCGCUCUACAACAACCUGCUGUGGAGCAACUGGUCAGCGGAGGCCUUGUCCAAAAUGAUCAUCAUAGGGAACAGUUUCAAGGGGAUUGAAGAAAGGAUCCCAACCAGGAUAUUCCAAACGGAUUAUGCUUACAUCGCAAAGAUUUUAAUAGCCGCUGAGGAAGAAGCCCUCCCACCUCAUACCCAGUUUCUGGAUGUGUUCAACGAUACCGCCGUCCACCGCUUUCCGUGGCAAAAACUGAGGGAGGUGCCCCAGGAGACUUGGAACUUCCAGGAGGAGCCAGUUUACCAAACCGAGGAUCAAUUAGAGAUAAUCAGAAACGACGACGACACGUGACGAACUCCGGAGAAGUGGGCCAGGAGGCGGAAUGAGCUGUUUACUUCUGGCUUUGCACUGAACUGAGGUGGAGUGUGUUGUCUGUCAGCUUCCGAAGCAGAGCGCUAACCCCGCACGCCGCCUGUCCCUUGCGAGAGCUCAGGGCACCACAAAGGCUAAAGAUUUACCACGGGCAUCAGGAGGGAGCUCUGCCAAGGUUUCCACUCAGGUCUUCAGCCAUCAGUAAGCAGCAGAGCAAAACUUCUCUGGGAUUUUUUGGGGUGUGUAAACGAGGGAGGGGUCUGAUAGUGCAAGGAUCCAGCACAAGACAUAUCUCCUUUCCUCACUUGGGCUCGUGUGUUCUAGAGGCUGUUGCGUCAGAGGAAGAUGCAGCUGUUCUGUGAUACCAAACCAGAGGGCAUGAAUCCUGUUCUGUUUAUUUUAAAAACAGAUUUCAACGAUGA